AUGGUGCGCCUCAGGGAAAUUCCGCGAACGGCGGCUUUUGCCUGGUCUCCUGAUGCUACGGCGUCUUGGAUCGCAACCGGAACAAAAUCGGGAGCUGUCGAUGUCGAUUUCAGCAACGAGACUUGUCUAGAACUUUGGGAUCUCGCUCUGGACAAUACUCAACAGGGUCAAGAAUUGCAGCCUUCCAUCACUUUACCCACUGAGACGGGGUUCCACGACCUUGCCUGGACGCCUUCUCAGGAUAACCAUGAAAGAGGGAUCAUUGCCGGAGCCUUCGAUGACGGCUCAUUGGGACUGUGGGACGCGGAUAAGGUCUUGACGAGUGCAGCCGGAGCGUCCCUUUUCAACAACAAAAUACACAGUGGCGCAAUCAAGGCCCUUCAAUUCAACCCGAAGAUCCAGAACUUCCUCGCGACAGGUGGCUCCAAGGGAGAAUUAUAUAUUUCAGACCUGAACCAUCUUGACACACCAAUACGACUCGGAAGUACAGCGGCUCGGGCAGAUGACAUUGACUGCCUGGACUGGAACAAGAGAGUCUCCAAUAUUCUGGUUACAGGGAGCAGCGGAGGUUUCGUAACAGUGUGGGAUAUGAAGACACGCAAAGAGAGCUUGACGCUCAACAACUUCAAGCGGAAACCAGCCAGUGCUAUCGCUUGGGACCCUGAAAAGCCUACACGGCUCAUCACGGCUGUGCCGCUCGAACAGGAGCCUGUCAUAUUGGUGUGGGAUCUGAGGAAUUCCAAUGCUCCGGAAAAGAUAAUGCGGGGACAUGAUUCUGGAGUCCUGUCGGUGUCCUGGUGCCCUCAAGAUAAUGACCUCCUGUUGUCCUGCGGAAAAGAUAAUAGAACAAUUUUGUGGAACCCUCAGACUGGACAGCCUUAUGGGGACUACCCAGUCGUGACAAACUGGACAUUCCAAACAAGAUGGAAUCCACACAACCCUAAUAUGUUUGCAACGGCUUCUUUCGAUGGCAAACUGCAGAUCCAGACGCUUCAAAACACCAACCCGAGCAGUACGCAGACAGAGGAGAAUCAGGCGACCGACGGGGAAGACUUCUUCUCAAAAGCUCAGACACAGCCUCAAACUUCGUCAUUCUCCCUCCCAAAGGCUCCCAAAUGGCUUGAGCGACCUGUCUCUGUAUCCUUCGGAUUUGGUGGAAGAAUCAUUGGCGUUAGACAAUCCGAUCCUGGGAAAUCGCGAGCAUCAAAGGUCAGUAUCAGCAAAUUCGAGGUUGAUUCAAGCGUCGGGAACGCCACCGAGACUUUUGAGAAAGCAAUUCAAACGGGAGAUCUUACAUCGCUGUGCGAAGAGCGAAUGGUAUCGGCAAAGACAGAUGAAGAGAGAGCCGAUUGGAAGGUCAUUGAGAUCCUAGUUUCCGAGAAUCCGAGGGCAGAGCUGGUGAAAUAUCUGGGCUUCGGGGACCAUCCUGACGACACCGCCAACGGACUUCAACAACCCUUCGAUGAGGAACAGCCCGAAGAACAGAAACCCGCGGUGAACGGCGCCGCGAAAGCCCAUAAGCGCUUCCAAUCCAUUUUCGCAAGCUCAGCUGAUGGAGACUUUUUGUCCGAACUAGCAGCGACAAAGGGCACGAAGACUAACAAUCCGUUCCGGAUUUAUGCUGGGACCGAGUCCGAAGCCGAUCUGAAGGUUACGCGAGCUUUGAUCUUGGGACACUUUGAGACAGCUUUGGAUGUAUGUCUUCAGGAGAACAGAAUGUCAGACGCUCUCGUGAUUGCAAUCUGUGGUGGUGAAAGCUGCAUCAAGAAGGCUCAAGAAGCAUAUUUUGCCAAGCAAUCCGGCGGACCCAACUACCUGCGUCUCCUUGCCUCCGUCGUCGGCAAAAAUCUUUGGGAUAUAGUGUACAAUGCCGAUCUCUCGGAUUGGAAGGAGGUCAUGGCUACUUUGUGCACAUUUGCUGAUGAGCAAGAAUUCCCUGACCUCUGCGAAGCGCUUGGUGACCGAAUCGAGGAACAGGCGGACGAUCUGUCGCCAGUAGCACGGAAAGACGCCUCAUUCUGCUUCUUAAUUGGUUCUAAGCUUGAGAAAGUUGUUGCCGUCUGGAUUCAGGAGCUCAAGGAGCACGAAGAAGCAGGUGCCAGCGAAGCAGACGCAUCAUCAGCGUUCUCUUUGCACGCUCGUGGCCUCCAAGAUUUCAUCGAGAAGGUCACCAUAUUCAGGAAAGUGGUGAAUUUCCACGAUGGCGAGUUGUCCAAAAAUGGAGAAUGGAAGCUGGAAGCUUUGUACUCAAAGUAUCUGGAGUAUGCCGACAUUGUGGCUGGAUCCGGGCAGCUGGACGUUGCUCAAAAGUACCUCGACCUCCUUCCAAAGAGCUAUCCAGGAGCGGACGUUGCACGAAGUCGGAUUCAACAAGCCCGAAAGAAGACUGUGGCGCCAGCUACGGUGGCUCAAAGCACUUCGACGCCGUCCAGGAACAAACCGCUCCCGGCAAUGUCUGCAUAUCAACCCCCAACAACCACAUUUACUUCGGCGACUCCCCAUGGCAAUGCACCGCAACAAUCAGCAAAUCCAUAUGCCCCACCGACAGCAGCGAGUGCUCCUGCCAACCCUUAUGGUCCUGCCGGUGGCUAUCAGCCUCCACAGCAGAUGAGAGUGUCAGCGGGCACGCCACAGCCUUACAGCAUUCCACAGGCGAAUCCCAUUCAACCUCCGCCAAGAUACAACCAGUCACCUUCAAUCCCUCCCCCGUCUCAAAACAAGAACAUGUCUAACUGGAACGACAUUCCGGAAGGCUUUGUCAAGCCUCCGACGUCAAGAAAAGGCACCCCCGGUGUCCCUCCACAGCCUGUUCCGAACCCAUUCAAUCAAAUCCCGCAAGCUCAGCCGUCGUCUCCUCCCGUGGCACCUCCGUAUGGUUCGCGACAAAGAGCGUCGCCUGUUCCACCUCCACCUAAAGGAUCUGCCCCUCCUCCCAGAGUGACUUCCCCUCUAGCUGGUGGGCCAACAAAUCCUCCCAUGGAGAGACCUGGCUCAUCAGCAAGCAAUGCAUAUGCACCGCCAGCCGUGACGUCCCCUCCGUUAGGGCAAAAUGUAAUGCCUCCACCAAUCCCUAGGGGUCCAUCUCCCUACAACGCGCCGCCUUCUCAUGGACCGACGGCUCCUAGUCGAUACGCCCCGGCGCCAGGGGGUCAAACAACCACCGCCCCUCCCUCGCGCCCGUCGAUUGCACCACCACCGCAACAAACGUCGUUCCAAGCUCCAUCUCAGCCUACAAACCCUUACGCCCCAACUCAAACGCCACAACAACCCAAACAGAACCCGUACGGUCCCCCGCAGUCGUCACAGACGCCACAGUCCGCUUCUGCGCCACCGUUACCAACUCCGGCACAGCAAUUCAUUUCCGGCCCUCCUCCCAGCAGUGGUCCGCCACAGCAAACACCUUCAAGACCCAACACUGCGGGCUCUGAUAAGCGCUCUGCACCGGCCCCCGUGCGGAAACAUCCUAAAGGAGACCGCACGCACAUUCCGCCAUCAGCUCAGCCUAUCUACCAGAUCCUGUCGGCAGAGAUGGCACGCGUAAAAGCGCGAGCACCUGCUUCUUUCAAGCCCCAGGUUCUUGAUACCGAGAAGCGCCUUGACAUUCUUUUCGACCAUCUCAACAAUGAAGACCUCCUAAAGCCCGACACAGUGGCGCAAAUCAGCGAGUUGUCAACGGCGCUGCAAAACCGCGAUUUCCCGCGCGCCAGCGAAAUCCAGAUGGACGUGCACACAAACAAAGUCGAGGAGUGUGGAAACUGGAUGGUGGGAGUGAAGAGGCUGGUUGGCAUGUGUAGAGCCACGCCGUAA